AUGAUGGCGGAUGAACCAACAGUUCUGCGGAAGGACCAGCUGGAAAUCAGCUUGGUCGAGGAAAAGAAACUAAUCAAAGAGGGCACAAUCAAGGAUGACAAUCCCCUGGAUCUCAGUGAGCCGUUUCGGGAACUAUGCAAUGCAUGUCGUCAGGGCGAUUUGAAGGUCUGUCAAGAGAAAAUCUCUGAAGGCGUAAAUGUCAAUGCCCGUGAUCCUUAUGAUUACACGCCAUUGAUCCUAGCGAGUCUGUGUGGCCAUUAUGAAACCGCCCAGCUGUUGCUGGAGUCUGGUGCGCUGUGUGAGCGAGACACUUUCCAGGGAGAAAGAUGUCUCUAUAAUGCUUUAAAUGACCGCAUUCGAAACCUCCUGCUCGAAUAUGAUUACUCCAAAUCCACAGACCCUUUGCAGCCACUCGCUGCCCACAUAACGUCUCUUUGGGUCCGAGAAACACCAGUAACCGCCGACAUUGUGGUGACGGCAUCCGAACAAUCGCUCCAUCUCCAUAAAUUUAUACUCGCGGCCCGGUCCCCAUAUUUCCUUGCCAAACUGGCAGCGGCACCGGAAUCUGCAACAUGGAAGCUCCCCAAUACUAUUCCACCAGAAGCAUUCGGUGCUGCAAUCAAAUAUCUCUACCUGGGAGAAGCCCCUCGAGACUUGAGGAGUGGACCGGGCACAGGAUUUACGGAAUCCGAAACCUUUGCCGGAGUGGAUAGAAUCUCCAAGUACCUCGAUAUUCCUCGUCUUCCGGAAAGCAUCCUUGAAAGUGGAGAUAGAAGGCGUGCUCGGCAGCGAAGGAAUGACGAGAUCUCCAAGGGCCGAGACCAGAUGGAUCAAUGGUUCCAGAAGAAUGUCCUGGGCAACAGAAUCGUGGUAGAGACCUCAAAGGUGAACGACGUUCAAUGGAACCGGAUCAAUCCAAUCUUCGCUGAUGUCCUUCUGCGGGCGGAUGAACUCCCCGAAGAAGAAGAAGACAUUGCAAGCAACGGUGCGCCUACCGAAGCACCAAAAUCCACCAUCUUCCCAUGCCACCGAGCAAUGCUUUUGCGCUCCGAGUUCUUCCACACUAUGUUCUCAUCCACCUUCCGCGAAGCAUAUGUCAAGGAUCAACUCACGAUUAUCGAUGUUGACUGCUCACCGGAAGUUCUGGAAAUUAUCCUGACGUUCUUGUAUACCGAAAGAGCCGAUUUCCCCUUAGAAAUUGCUGUCGACGUUCUGUUCGCGGCAGAUAUGCUGUUCAUUGAGAAACUGAAAACAAAAGCAGCAGUGGUCAUCAGUACCCUCGGUAGUGCCGGAAUGUCCCAAGCGGAGGCUGCAAAGACUCGCGGCACAACAGACGAAGAUGACAUUGACAUUUACUCGAUUGUCAAGGCUGCAUGGUUGACACGAGUGCAGCGACUGGAAGAAUUCGCCGCCCGUUAUCUGGCAUAUCGCCUCGAGGCCCAUAUAGAUACCCCCGAGUUCGCCGAGCUGAUUCAGGAAUCAGCGUCUCGUAUCAAAGCGAGACAGGAGACCGAUUCUAUUGAAAUGCUGGAUGAUAUCAGAUUCUACCUUGGCGAGCGCUUUAGACUGCGAUUCGACGAGGCGGGUCUCGAUGAGAUGAUGGAGGAAGGUGAACAGUCGGACGACAGCGAGGCAGAGGAAGAGCAAGAUGAUGAUACAAAACUUGCCGAGGGUGUGGCUGCCCUAGAAGUCUCUAAGGAGACUUCAGACCAUCAAUCCCAACAGCCCCAAGAGAAUGGACCUGAGAUCCGAGCUUUAGACGGCGCGCUUGUUGUGGAUGAAUUUUCAGAAGAUGCCAUGAACUAUGAGAUUCUUCUGGAGAAGUUGGAUGAUCUUCUUGAGCGUCUCAACCUCGAGGCCUAG